UUUUUGACUACAUUAAAAUGUAUUGUCUCAAAUUGACUCAGAAUCGACCAAAACAUUUUAGGAAUCGAUCAGCUGAUUCAGACGCUAAUUAAAGGCGACAGAACACAUAGACCAAUCACGGCAGAGCUUAUUGCAAGACCGUGUAGAUGGCGCGUUUGGAUUGGUUAUCUUGUGGCAUCGGCGCAAAAACCGGAAAUACUACACUGGCACACGCGUACUGAAGCGAAAUCGUUAUCUAAAGGUGUCAAGUUUGAGAUAUUCCGUUAUUUAUUUAUUUAUUUAUUUAUAUAACGUAGCUCGUUUGUUCCCGUGUAACUGUGAUAAUCGUGUCCGUAAGGCAAUAAUGGUGAUCAGGAUGUAAUCUGUGUGAUCACUUAUUAGUUUGGGCUGAAAGUGUGAUCAUGUCUCAGCCAGCGGUUUUAAAGUUGCACCAAGAACUCAGAAAGUGUUUUCAGAAUAUAAAAGAGAAUCAGACUGUUUGGAGGGGAGUGCUUGAUGAGUGUUCAUCUUUGGUGAGCUCUUUGGGGAACCUGGCAGAACAGCUGAGGGCGCUGAAGCGCACUGAAAUAGAAAAAACUCCACUCGGGACUUUUCCAAACCUCCCUGAGCUCCUUCAGUACAAACUCCUGAAUGCUAUAGACACAGUCCUGAACCAAUUAAGGGAGAAAGUAAAUGCUUUUGGAUCAGUGCGAGAUUCAGUCAUUAAGCAUGUGUGUGCAGUUUUCAAGAUGUAUGAGCAAAACUCUGACUCCCUUCCAAUUAGCACAUGUGUGGCCAGAUGUGCUCUUUCGCCAUCUAUCUCAGACAUGCUGGAGUGGCUACAGGACACGGAACGCUACUAUCGGAUACAAUACAUGCAAAGAAAGAACCUUUUACAGAUACUGAAGCCUGAUGAUCUUACACUUCUAGAAAGUGCACCAAAGAGAUGGCUAUCUUUAGCUUCACCUGACGGCGAGGAACGAAUUUCAGAUGCACUCUGUCAAGUGUCCUUCUUCCUGGAAUCGGAUUAAGCAAUUGUGUGUUGAUUUUACCUCAUAAUGUUCUGACUGGAAAAAAUGUAUUCCAUGGUGACUGAGCUAUAAUUACCGGAGAGAAACUCCGUAACCUAAGUUGUGACGUAUAAAAUCUUCUCAUGUUACAACCACUGCAUGAACUUGCUUUUGGUAGUUUACAGGAGGAAUUCCCAACAGCAGCAUCACUAUCAAGUCUGUUUUAAUGGACUUACACAGGAUCAUUUUUUUUGUGGAUUUCUACAGCUGUAGAAAAAAUGUAUGCUGCAGAUGUCUAAAAGGUUCAUUAAAGCAGUUCCUGUUUUUAUUCUUAAAAAAAUAAAUUGACGUAUCUUUCUUA